CCUGCCGCCGGACCGGAAGUGGCUUCCGUCCUAGUGGAUCCGGGUGGGCGCGCGCAGGUGGCCACGGAGGUUCCAUCUCUUCAGCGUGAGGUGCUGCAGGUGUUCGGGUCGGGUUAGGGGCCGCAGAGGUGCCUUGGAAGAGAGCCCCAGCAAUCUACUUCCGAAAGAUCACAGCCAUUGAAAAUUUUAUGGAGUGCAGCUCUACUUUGAAAUGUGUGAGGUCGCCACGAGUUGGAAUCAACUUCAAGAUUGUGGGAUUAGUGAUAUGCUUUCCUGAACAGCAGAGAGCCAAAGAUGUCUAGACAGCAUUCAGUGGCUUUGACAGUGACCACCCUUCUGGGUGUGGCUGUGGGGGGUUUUGUCUUGUGGAAAGGCAUUCAGCGCCGGAGGAGUAAAACAAGGUGUGUGACCCAGGAGCAGCAGAAGGGGCCAGACUGUAGAGAGCUGCCCUCUCCAGAAGCGGUCCGGCUGCACUCUAGUGCCCCCAGAGCUUCGUGGGAGGAGAGGAUCCUCCAAGCAAAGGUGGUGACUGUGUCCCAGGAGGAAGAGUGGGAUCAAACUGAGCCCUUGCUUAAGAGCGAGUUAGAAGAUUUUCCAGUGCUCGGAUUCGACUGUGAGUGGGUGAAUUUGGAAGGCAGAGUCAGUCCUCUGUCACUCCUACAGAUGGCCUCUCCAAGUGGCCUCUGUGUUUUGCUUCGCUUGCCCAAGCUGAUCCGUGGAGGAAAAACACUACCAAGAACAUUACUGGACAUCUUGGCAGAUGGCAACAUUUUAAAAGUUGGAGUGGGAUGUUCAGAAGAUGCCAGCAAGCUCCUAGAGGAUUAUGGCCUCGUUGUUAAGGGAUAUCUGGACCUCCGAUACCUAGCCAUGAGGCAGAGAGACAGUUUGCUCUGUAAUGGGCUUAGUCUGAAAUCACUCGCUGAGACUGUUUUGAACUUUCCCCUUGACAAGUCCCUACUGCUUCGUUGCAGCAACUGGGAUGCUGAGAAUCUUACUGAAGACCAGGUAAUUUAUGCUGCCAGGGAUGCCCAGAUUUCAGUGGCUCUCUUUCUCCAUCUUCUUGGAUACCCUUUCUCUAGGAAUUCAACUCUAGAAGGAAACAGUGGCUACACUGGCUGGAGGAAAGUCUUGGAGAAAUGUCAGGAUGUGGUAGACAUCCCAUUCAGAAGCAAAGGAAUUAUCAGAUUGGGAGAAGACGUUAAUAGGGAAGCAACAGAAUCUCAGCAGAAAUCAAGAAAUAAGAAGUCUAAGAUGGAUGGAACGGUGCCAGGCAGCCACCAAGGGAGAGACCCCAGAAAACAUAAAAGAAAACCCCUGGGAGUGGGUUAUUCUGCCAGAAAGUCACCCCUCUAUGAUAACUGCUUUCUCCACGCUCCCGAUGGACAGCCCCUCUGCACUUGUGAUCGGAGAAAAGCCCAGUGGUACCUGGACAAAGGCAUUGGAGUGCUGGUGAGUGAAGAGCCUUUUGUGGUCAAGCUUCAGUUUGAACCUGCAGGAAGACCUGAAUCCCCAGGGGACUAUUACUUGAUGGUUAAAGAGAACCUGUGUGUGGUGUGUGGCAAGAGAGACUCCUACAUCCGAAAGAAUGUGAUCCCACAUGAGUACCGGAAGCACUUCCCCAUUGAGAUGAAGGACCAUAACUCCCAUGAUGUACUGCUGCUCUGCACCUCCUGCCAUGCCAUCUCCAACUACUAUGACAACCAUUUGAAGCAGCAGCUGGCCAAGGAGUACCGGGCCCCCAUUGGCUCUGAGGAGGGCUUGCGCCUGCUGGAAGAUCCUGAGCGCCGGCAGGUGCGCUCUGGAGCCAGGGCCCUGCUCAAUGCAGAGAGCCUGCCUGCUCAUCGAAAGGAGGAGCUGCUGCAAGCACUCAGAGAGUUUUAUAACACAGACACAGUCACAGAUGAGAUGCUUCAAGAGGCUGCCAGCCUGGAGACCAGGAUUUCCAAUGAAAACUACGUUCCCCAUGGGCUGAAGGUGGUGCAGUGCCACUCCCAGGGCGGGUUGCGCUCCCUCAUGCAGCUGGAGAGCCGCUGGCGUCAGCACUUCCUGGACACCAUGCAGCCAAGGCACCUGCCCCAGCAGUGGUCAGUGGACCACAACCAUCAGAAGCUGCUCCGGAAAUACGGGGAGGACCUGCUUAUCAAGCUGUCGUGAUAGCUGCUUCCUUCCCAGGUUAGGACAGGUGGGAAGCCAGGCCCAAGGUUGAGAAAUCACCUCUUCCAUUUUAAUAUGUCAUUAAUUGUCAAAGCCUCAGUGACGCAACUCAGAACUAACCCAUAAUAGCCCCAAGAUGCUUCUGGUGGAGCAAGCGUUCUAUUUAGGAGAACUUACAGACUUGAAUUUUAAUUGGGCAGGGUCAGUUUUCUUUUUCCUCCCUCUUAUUUUUGUGGACAAGGAAGGCUUUGGCCUUAUGUUUGCUGUCCCUCUUUUGCUUUCCCUGAGCAGAGGGAAAAUGAAAGAUUCUCCUUAAAGUGACUUGUCAGGACUCCCAGGUUGUUAAUAUAUUUCUUCCUUGCCUGGCAUGGGGCUGUCACAUCUAAAUGAUCAAUCCCAUCAGGUCGGGAGGGGACAAAAAUUUCUUCCAGAGGUUAGAGAAGUGAAUGAGGGGUCAUAUUCAUUUUCCCAGUUUAACCUCAUAAUUUCUUCAACUGGUGGCUGUCCCAGAGCUCACCUGCUUGGGACCCAUUCCAUCUGGGUCCUUCAGUUCAUUUUAUAUACUUGAAAAUGUUCCCCUUUACAUGUCCAAGGACCAAAGCAGCAGCUUCCUGCUGUAUGCUUCCCCCCAACACUGCAGGAAAUCCUUCUCUGGAAAUAAGUCUUCAACCUGGGUAUGACAGAGAGAAGCACCAUUUUCCAGUAGAACUUUGAUCAUUUGCUUUGCUUUUCCCUUCAUGCUUUUCAUUGUCUGCUUGUUUCAGCCCCCCUGCCCACAAGGUUUUAGCUUAAUCUCCUUCUGAGAGGAAGAUUAUCUUUUUUUUCAGAAUCAGUAUCAAGUCCCUUGAGUGUUCUGUGUUCCAUCAGAUUUGUGAUACUGACCUCUUUUAACCACUUAAUUCACCCCCAGAGUCAUUUGGUCAGGUUGCACCGUGAGGACUUCUCUAUCAAAUUUGAAGCCUGGGACGCCAAGAUCCAAAACAAUUUGAUGCUAAUUAACAUGUUUAGAUGUUCAAAAUGAUAGUGUUUCCUAUUUCAGAAUGUUAGGCUACUACUUUGAAUAUGAAACCAUUUUAUUAGUGAUUAUUAACUUUUUCUAAAGUAUUAGGAAAACUUUCUUAUCUUACAAGAUCUUAACAAGCUUAAGAAAAGAUUUUAUGACCAGAAUCCAACAAGAGCUCUAUUUUGGAAUUGUGCCUAAGUUGGCGAUGCUUGUUCUAACAUUGAUAAAUAAAACUUCUAAGCACAAGGUUCA